GACUAAGUUACUUACCGACCCAGCCCAUACAGGACAAGCCCGGCCUUUACUCAACAAUACAGUUAGUACGAUUAUGAAAUUGAAGUGACCGAAAGAUUAACCAAGUACCAAAUCAGAGCGCCGGAAACAGAGAAAUCAGAAAUCUAGAAUCAGGUGAUACAUAAUGGAUUGCAGAUGGUAUGGCAGCAAACAGGAAACUGUUUCCCAUGAUGAAAGUCAACAAGAUAGGAACCAGGAUUCUCUUAUUGAGGACUUGGCAGAAGAUUUCCGUUUGCCUAUUAAUCACAGACCCACAGAAAAUGUUGAUCUGGAAAAUGUUGAACAAGCAUCAUUGGACACAAAGUUGACAGCAACCAAUAUUGGGUUUAGGCUUCUUCAAAAAAUGGGAUGGAAAGGGAAAGGUCUUGGAAAGGAUGAGCAGGGAAUAAUUGAGCCAAUAAAGUCUGGGAUUAGAGACCCCAAGUUAGGGAUUGGAAAACAAGAAGAAGAUGAUUUUUUUACUGCAGAAGAAAAUAUCCAGCGAAAGAAACUUGAUAUUGAGAUUGAAGAAACAGAGGAGCAUGCAAAGAAACGAGAGGUGUUAGCAGAACGUGAGCAGAAAAUUCAAACUGAGGUGAAAGAAAUUCGAAAGGUGUUCUAUUGUGAUCUCUGCAACAAGCAAUACAAAUUGGCAAUGGAAUUUGAAGUUCACCUGAGCUCAUAUGAUCACAAUCACAGAAAGCGUUUUAAGGAAAUGAGAGAGAUGCAUGGUACUAGCAGCCGUGAUGAUCGGCAAAAACGAGAACAGCAACGGCAAGAGAGAGAGAUGGCUAAAUUUGCUCAGAUGGCAGAUGCUCGUAAACAGCAGCAGCAGCAGCAACAACAACAGCAAGUGGAAGAGUCUGCUCAGGUUUCCAAUUCAGUAAGAACUACGACUGCACUGACUGAGCAGGAUAAGCGGAAGGUGUUAAAAUUUGGGUUUUCUUCUAAGGGUGGCACUUCUAAGAAGUCAUCUAGCAGUGCUGUAAAGAAGCCAAAAGCUACCGUGGCCUCAGUUUUUAGCAAUAACAGCGAUGAAGAAGAGUAAACUUUGACCUGUGGCUGGCCUUCAGCUCUCUGUAAUGUUCUCAAGUUAUUUGGUUGAUGAUUUGUAUUUGUAUGGCCUCUGUAAUUUAAAGCCCUUGAUGGUCAUGAUUUGUGAUGUCCCAUUUAGAAGUUAUACAAUUGAACCUGAAUUUGUUACAAGCAUUGAUAACAUUAUUGGAAACAUAAAUUGUAUGAGGGUAAAACAGUUAUUAAUGCUUAAGCUUUGGCAUGCUUCAUAAA